AUGGGUCAAAAGUUCAAAGAACAUUUGAAUCUGGAUGAUACAGAUACAGCUUGUGUGCAGGCCGGAGACACCGAUGCUCAGCCUACUCAACCUACUCAACCCGAGAGUGAGAAUCAUGCGAAAGUGGACGAUGAGAAUGAAACCAAGCAUGGCACAACAAGCAUGGUGUUGGCUCCUGAACCUCCUCAACGUGAGAUUGAUGGUGGUGCCGGUGCUCAACCUCCUGAAGCUCGUCAACAUGAGACAGAUGGUGAUAAUGAUGACAAGCCCGAGUUGGACGAUGCUGAAAUGAAUGCAAUUGAGUUUGCUGUGGCAGAAGAAACUGCUUCAGUUGAAGCUGAAGCUCAGCCGGCGCCAGCAAAGGAAGAGGUCACUGACACUGCAGCUGAGAACAUGAACACUGCAGCUGACCCCACUGCUGGAGGCCGUGAAGUUAGCCAAGUCAACUCAAAUAUGAAUGUGGAGGUGGACAUGGACACAUCUCCAACGAUGAAGCCAGAACUUCAAGAAGAUGAAUGCGGAGGCGCAGAUGGAGAUGAUGGACAUGUGGGAGAGCCAACUGAUGACAUGACUGAGGAUGAGCACUCCCUCAUCGUGCAGUUCUUUAAUGACAAGGCCUUAGACCUCAAAG